CCAUGGCCCAAGGAACCGUCAAGCAAAAGGUCAAGACCGAGCCCAAGAAGCCUACUGGUCCUCAGAUGGGCAACAGAGUCAUCAAGCCCAAGAAGGCUGCUUUGUUAAAGCAGGCCAACAUGAAGAAGGUUCGCAAAGGCUGGGAUGGUAUGCGCGAGGCCGAACAGACAGCUGACUCCCAAGCAGNNAAGCACUCCGCCGGCCUGAUUACUUUGACUGAGCGCUCCCUCGCCGAAAAAGCCGGUCAUCUUGAGAUGCUUAAGGGUGGCAAGAAGGACAGACUUGAGAAGGCCAAGAACAAGGCUUUCAACAAGAAG